UUCUACGCGCCUUGGUUCGCAGCAUCAGCGCCGUAGCGCCCCCAUGCGAUAUUCUCGUUAAGCAUCAAUAAACAAACCAUAAAAUGGCGUCGUCAGACCCGAAAGGAGCUUUGUUAAGUACUCAGACGGAAAAGCCGAAUCAUUACACAUAUUUGAAGGAAUUUCGCGUUGAACAGUGUCCGUCUUUUUUGCAACACAAAUGCAAUCAACAUCGACCGUUCGUGUGCUUUAAUUGGCACUUUAUGAAUCAGCGACGCCGUCGGCCUGUUCGCAGACGAGAUGGCUCUUUCAACUACAGUGCUGAUAACUAUUGUACCAAAUACGACGAAACCACCGGAAUCUGCCCCGAUGGAGAUGAUUGCCCAUUUUUGCAUCGCACGGCUGGCGAUACCGAGAGGCGCUAUCAUCUGCGCUACUAUAAGACGUGCAUGUGCGUUCAUGAUACGGAUGCCCGUGGCUAUUGCGUCAAAAAUGGUCAUCACUGCGCGUUUGCACAUGGUAUCCACGAUCAACGGCCACCGGUUUAUGACAUAAAGGAAUUGGAAGCGUUACAAGCCGCUGAAGCGAGCGGCGAAUGCUUGAAUGGACCUAAUGUGUUGGAUAAGGAACGCAACCUGAUGAACGAAGAUCCAAAAUGGCAGGACACCAACUAUGUAUUGGCCAAUUAUAAGACAGAACCAUGCAAACGGCCCCCAAGACUCUGUAGACAGGGAUAUGCUUGUCCACAAUAUCACAACAGCAAAGAUAAAAGACGAAGUCCGAGAAAGUAUAAGUACAGAUCAACGCCAUGCCCAAAUGUAAAGCAUGGCGAAGAGUGGGGUGAACCGGCAAAUUGUGAAGCCGCCGAUAAUUGUCAGUACUGUCAUACGCGUACUGAACAGCAAUUCCACCCGGAGAUUUAUAAAUCGACAAAGUGCAACGAUGUCCAACAAGCCGGAUAUUGUCCACGGUCGGUGUUUUGUGCGUUUGCUCACGUCGAACCCUACGUAUUGACGGAUGAUUUGACAGGCCGUGAUUUAGAUAGCCAAGCUCUCGCUCUCAGCGAUAUGAUAUCGUCUGUUCUGCCAGAUAGUGGAGGGGGAGGGGGAGGAGGACUUGGUUGCCCGCUUAGCAAGAAGGACAAACACGAGCUAGCGGUGAGUGUACUAAGCUAUCUGGACGGAGGACGGCAGGAGAAUCUACCAUUUGAACUUGAACCGCAGAAUUUUCACUCGUUCUUCCAGCUGCUGCAGAACGGUAGCGCCGAGAGUAGCGAGUCGGCAAGCACCAGCAGUCUUGGCUCGAAUAAUAGUUCCCACAACAAAGCACCUGGUUCACAGCUACAACAAAAGCAUAGUAAUAACCUGCUAGGCGUCGCCACGGGCGCAAAUUGCAAUGGUAGCAGCAGUCACAAUCAAACCAACCAGUCCAGUCUUGGUAGUUUACAGUCAACUAUGUUUAAUAAUGGCGGUACUGCUGCUAGCUCACUACUGUCUAACAACUUCCCGGAGUUUACACCCGAGCUGAGGGCACAGCUUAUGGCAAUUGACAACGAUCUCACGAUAGGCCCACUAGAGAAAGAACAACGGAAACGCAUGUGUUUGACAUUUAAUCUCAGGAAUAUUGCAUCUUCAUUAGACGGAAGUAUAUACGACAUAACGCGGCGUGAUACCAUUCAUGGACUAGACAAUUCAAUUUCAGCUGGGAUAGCCUCCUCAGGUUUAUUGACCAGUAGUUCAGCACCGGUUAAUAUUCCCGGUUCACCUAUGGCAAAUUCAAUUUCUGGUCUUCUGCAAGGAACAUCAGCUCCCGUUAACAUUCCCGGCAGUUCACUUAGCAACAAUUUCAGUCCGUCUUCGCAUUCAAACUUGUUCGGUAUGAACGAUGCAAUGUUUGGUGGCAGCACAGCACAUCACAUGGCCAGCAGUUCGGCGCCUAAACUAGCCAACUCUUUUGGUCACAGUGGCAACGAUAGUCUUUUCUUUCAGCCGCACAUUAUUUCUCCUGCACUGACUGGUAACGAUGGUGGUCUUUCUGCCAGCCCAGAACUUAGCCGUAUUUCGGAACUGAACUCGUUAAACAAUGAACUUAGCAACAACAACACAAGUCUCCUGUUCGACAAUCACAUGCAACAGGCGGCAGCCGCGGUGCAACAUCAACAUCAGCAGCAGCAGCAACAAGCGGCCGCGGCAGCAAUCGUAGCAGCUGCGAAGGGUACAAACUCCAACCAUCCUUAUUCAAUGUCACCGUUGGUUGCAUCCGACAUGGGUCGAUUGCGAGAUGAGCUGGCAAACAAAAAUGCACAAAUGAUCAACUGGGAGGAGCAAGUGAUGCAGGCAACGAACGCAUGUGAAGCGUGGAAAGCACAAAUGGAGGAAAGCAAUCGGAAGACAGUGAUAGCCGAACAGCAACGUGAUGAGGCCCUAUCUCACGUGAAAGCGCUCAAGGAGAAGCUAGAACAGCUCAGCAUAAGCGGAAACAGCACGACAAACUAUCGUGCAAGUGACCUUCGGGGAAUGUCUCUCCCGAAGUUGAAGAACAUUCAAGCUAAGUUGCGCGCCGAAAUCGAGGAGGUGGAGAAGGUUCUCUAUCUUGAGACAGCUACAAAGUGUAUGAAAUGUGAGGAGAACAAUCGUUCUGUGACACUCGUACCGUGUAAUCAUUACGUAUUGUGUGACUCGUGUGCUACAACACAGCGCGAAUGUCCCUACUGUCAGACUCCGGUAACAUCGCAGGCGUAAAAAUGCAUUUGACAUUUGAAACAAAAUCGCACCUCUGGAUAGCUACAAAAACACAACAAAUUGCUAAACAUUCAACAAAUAUUAGAAAAAAAACUAUGUUUGUUGAUGUCCUUCUAUAGCAGGCAUAAUCACAGCUACCACCACUAUUCAACAAAUAAUUAGCAAUUUUAGCUGUAUAUUUUGAAAUAAUAAUUUGAAAAGCAGAGAUUCCCGGAUCGAAUUUUAUAGAUAUUCUCGAGACACGUGGGGCAGUGACAAAAAGUGAUAUUUCCAUGAACAAAAUGCAAAACCAAUUUUCAAUGUGAGAAAUUAAAGUGAGGAAAGUUCACUAUAAAUACAUAGAUGCGCGUAAAAAUUGUGACAUUAGUAGUUUUGAUUUUGCUCUUCAGAAGACUUACAAAUUUUUCAAUAUGAAUGAGUUACAAUAAUGCAAUACUCUAACCAGUUGGACUGAACAAUCGAGGAAGAUAAAAUAAAUUUAACAAUGCGUUUAGGCACAGCGGUAACUAUAGUUUGAUCGAUUCCGCAAAACGGAAUCAGAGAGUAUAAGUCAUUUUUUUUUAUUGAUUAUUAGUUCAUUACAAGCUGUUUUUUGUAACAUGUGAGAUAGAAAAAAAACAUUCGAAUUAUUUGCGUACAGCGAAGUUAGUGAUGAAUGGUGGAGCUUCGCAAACAAUAAUGCAUUUUCCAUACACUUUUUUGUUAGCAUAAACUAUGACUACGCGCAGGAUAAAUUAGUGAGGCACGUGAAUUAGACGUGAUCUAUACAUAUAUAUUGUAUUAAAACGUAGGUAUAUUUAUAAUUUAUUGCGCGAAUUAAUUUAAUCUUUAGAAUAACCCAAUUCGUUUUUUGUUUAUUUGCCUCUAGCGAUUUUUUUUAAUUUCUACGUUCUGCUAGCACGAAUGGACGCGUGGAAAAUCCACAUUUGAAUGUUCCGAGAGAAAAAAAAUAUAACAAAAAGCAGUUAGAAAAAAUAUAAUAUUAUUUCUAAAUACCUUUUUUUAAAUAAAACCUAAAAUCUGAACAAUUAUAUGGCUUGAAACUGAGAGCAGAUAUAUAACUAAUAUUAUACUCUAGUGAUCCUAUUUUUGAUAGGUAGCAAACAACAAUACUAAUUGAUAAUCAGUUCAACGAGAGAAUAUCGUGGGAGCGAUAGGUUUGAUAUAAUAUUUGAUUUUCAGAAUACAUACAAAUGUGAACCGUGAAAUGUAGUAGAAAUGAAGUAUAAACGAGUCCCAGUUGAUCCCAGGGAAAGCAAGAGAGGUAUUUUGGGUCAAGAGUUGUUAGGCGAAGUUAUUCUUUGUAAUUGAACUGGACAAGAUUGAUUUUAUAAUUAUAUAAUCAUCACAGUAAACUGAUUCUUAAGUAUUAUUCGUUUUAUUCGUUUACAACAAA